AGUACCUAGCAAGAGGGAAAAGAUCGGUAGAUUUUCAAAAUGAUCAAAUGAAAUUACCCUCCGAAAAUUCUCUGAUUAGCGCGCCAAAAUUGCAACAUCUCAUCCUCCGCCAUUAAAAUUUCUCUAUCUCCUCUUUCUCUCUGUGUCCGAAAUGGCCGAUAUCGAACCUCCAUCUUUCUCUCUCGGUUUUGACAUCGAACCCGAACCCCAAAUACCCACUCGACAGCAUCAAAACUCCACUUUCAAUCCAGCUCCAGAUGUUGAGGAAGAAGAUGAUUUAGGAUCUCGAGUUGUGGAUGAUUCCGGUCUUCAGGUUAUCGAUUCGGAUCCUGAAUCUGGGUCCGGUUCGCCCCUUAUAUUCAAGCGCCUGAGACGAGGACCUGCGAGAGUGAAAAGGAAAGACGAACAAACUGUUUUUGGUGAUACUUGUGAUGAUGACAUUGAAGACUUCUCUUCGCAGGAAGAUUUUAUUAGAGAUGCACGUCCAUCAACACAGCACGAUUUUGUACAUAGUAGCUCAAAGGUUCCACUGCAUGGCUGUGGGGUUUUAACUGCUCAAUCAUCAAACCAGUUAAAGAAAAGGAAAAUAGGACAGGCUUCAGAUCCUCCAUCAUCUUCCUGUUUAGGGACAAGCCAGAAUGGGUUGAUAUUUCCAAAGUUAACCGUUAGCCCUCUUCGAAGGUUUCAGUUAAUUGAUUCUGAUUCUGAUUCUGAAGACCUUCCUGUGAAUAAAGAUGUAAGCAGAAAGACUCCAAGAACUGAUUCAUUCUUGAAGGAUCAGCAGCGUCCACCAAGUGAACAAAAGAGAAAUCCAUCAUUAGAGAAGCAUCAAAAUGAUGAUCUGUGGAAAGAUUUCUGUCCAAUAAAGAGUUUUCACAUUCCAACUCCUGUUCUGGAUGAGGUCUGUGAAGAAUAUUUCCAGUCCCUUCGAGAUAAUAAUGCAGCUCAGACAUUGGGGAGUAGUCUAUAUAAAGGUGACAGUGUGGGCUGUCAUCAGGGCACAAAUAGUAUCACUGACUUUGAGCAAGACUGCAAUGUGGCUGGUUCUCUUCCUCCAGCUCAUCAUUAUUUCUUCCAUAACGACCCAAGGAUUCAGAGACUAGUUCGCAAUCGCUUACCCAACUUUUCUCCCCUGGGCGUUGGUAACAAAGAAAACCAGCAGCCUAGUGAAUCAGUUAUUAAUUACAUGAGUCAAUUCAAUGGAGAAGCUAAUAAGCAGGGGCAGCAUCGGAGAAACAACAAAGAAAAAGGCUCAACAAGGGGAAGAAAUAAAUCAAAGAAAUCAAAUGCCAAAGAAGUCACCCAUACUUCUCAAAGCUGGGUAGACCCCAGAAGCAGUGGUACCAUUCCCAAGGAUGCUGGGAAAAGACGUGUUCAUGCAACUGGUCAAGCUGCUGGUCGCUGGUUUACAUCUUCUGAGGGGAAAAAGGUUUAUGUCUCGAAAAAUGGGCAAGAAUUGACAGGUCAAAUUGCCUACAGAAAUUACAGAAAGGAUAGUGGAGGGUUUAGAAAGUCCAAAAAGAAAACUAAUGUCAAGAGGAAGAAAGGCUGAAGAACUGUCCGACAUACAAGCCAUACAAAUUCAUCCCUUUUUUUUUUCUUCAUGGCGAUGUUUGUGCCAUUUCUUUUUUGAUAAAUGUAGAUUUCAACUUCAAUGUAGUUCAUCUUUGGCAUAGACUUGUCCAACGAAAUAUGCAUUCACCGUUUAGGAAGAAUUUCAAGAUACAAGUUCAGCCGUAGUUCGUCUAA